AUAAACCACUGCUCAAAACCUAGCUAACCAGCCAGCUAGCUGUAGCUAGCGUUCCGAACUAACAUUAUCCAAACGCAGUUGGUUAGCUAGUAGCUACCUUCUCUCUGUCAACAGGUUUUUCAGGUUAUUUCUUAAUUUGUUAUUGUGUGACUCUUGAUUCCACAGCCAUGAUUGACAGCGUUUGAUAAUUUAGCUAAAUUGUAAGUGGAACUUUCAACGAGUAGCAGCAGAAAAUAAAUAUUAGUCGCGUGCUGAUGACGUCGGAUAAACGGUAUAAAACAGACCCUCCUUGACGAAUCACACCACUGGAAAUGUACGAGGCCACAAAAAGUCACUUUACUAAUUUGCCAACAGCCACCAUUUUGGGAGUCAGAAUUGUAUUGGAAAACCACCACCCUUUGGGCCUUAUUAUGGUACACACGUGCGUGGUGGCUGGCUGUCGGAAUAGAAGAAUACCAGGCACAUCAUUGUCUUUUUACCGUUUCCCACGCGAUCCCGACAGAAAGCAGCGUUGGAUAGCUGCUGUGAACCGAGAAGGCUGGCUGCCAAACGACGGGAGCAGGCUGUGUAGUACUCAUUUCAUCUCAGGUAAACAGGUGAAGAAUCCACGCUCGCCAGACUAUGUUCCCUCUGUAUUUACAUCAGCUCCCCUAUCCCCGGAGUCAGAAAUUAAGGAAGAGACUGCUGCCUUUGAAAUCUCAGACAAGCAGGAAGCCCAGGUGGAGGCGGCCAACGCCUUGCUCUUCCUGCAGGGCCAGGGCAGGUCUGUGGUCGACCAGAGGCCGAGCCAGGAGGACCAUGACGUGGCCCAGAGUGCAUCCUCAUCCUCUACCAGUGACAAUGGUGAGGAAUCUGAACCAGUGUCAAGCGACAGCAAAGACAGGGGAGGGAAGCCCGGCAAAAGGUCAGCCGCAGAGCCCGACAACUAUGAGGACGUGCUCAAGAUCUUGAAGAAGGAGAACCGGGCUCUCCAGGAGUCUGUGGAUAAAAUGUCACUCUCAGAGAACUCAUUCCGGAACGACCCAGAAAAGGUCAGGUUUUACACUGGCUUGCCCAACUACUUUGUAUUUGAGACAGUCAUGUGGCUCCUCGCGCCACACAUGAACGGGACCAAGAACAUGGUCAAGCUCUCCAAGUUUCAGCAGCUGCUGCUGACACUAAUGCGUCUCCGGCUUGACCUCAAGAACCAGGACUUGGCCUACCGAUUCGGCGUGAAGGUUGGCACGGUGACCAGGACGGUGCUCAGAAUGGUUAACGUCAUGUCCACCACGCUGGUACCCACGGCUGUCUUCUGGCCCUCCAGGGCUGAGCUCCGCAAGAACCUCCCAGCAGCUCUCCACUCGACCUACCCUGACUGUGCCGUGAUCAUAGACUGCUUCAGGGUGACCCUGGAGAAACCCGGGUCAGAAGUGAACUUGUUCUGUCAGGGGGCGUCAGCAGGGAGCAACACUCUGAAAUACAUGAUAGGCAUGGCUCCGCAGGGCGUGGUCACUUUUGUCUCCAGGGGGUCGCCGGGGAGUGUCAGCGACAAGAGCCUGGCAGAGGGGUGUGGCUUCCUGGGCAAGCUACUCCCAGGAGACGUGGUCCUGGCCGAUAAGGAUUUUGACAUUGGUGAGUUGGUGGCGGCCCAUGGUGCCCUGCUGAAAAUCACUGGCAGCGAUGGCGGAGAGGGGUCUGAAGGGAGCGAAGGUGUCUCGCUGACAGACAUUUCCCCAGAGAAGCUGAGUGUGCGGAGGCAUGUGGAGAGGGUCGUCUCCAUGGUGAAGCUAAGGUACUCCAUGCUGACUGGCCCAGUGGAGGGCCCCUUCACGGCCGCUGAGCGGUCAUCCAACAUUUUCACUUUUGAUAAGAUUGUGCAGGUUGCCUGUGCCUUAAACAACCUGUGUAUAUCUGCUGCUCCCCUAGAGUGACUCACACUAGUGCUGCUCCAUACGAGCAUUGAUGGCCCCUUUAAUUCUUGAACACUUAGAAUCUAUAUUUUGGAUGUGACACUUUUCUUGCAAAACUUACCCCAACCAGCGAUAGACGUUAUCAUGCUCAUUCUGCAGUGCCAGGGCGUGAAAAGAAAACAUGAACAAAAGCCCCAACAUCAUCCAAAUACAACCUAUUAGGUGUUUUGUCAUUUGUGUAAUUCAGAACUUUAUCCGCAACGUUUAAUUCCGUUUUGUACGGCUCCAGAGAUACUUCUGUGUGUGCAUGUGAUGGCUACCAUGGAUAGGUUUACCGCAUCAUAUGGAAUACAACGUUGUGGAUAAAGUUUCAAAUGACACAACUGCAUGUGUACAACAUCUAAAGACUUGCAUUUGUUUUUGUUGUUGUUGCCUUUAUCCACACACUGGCACUGCAGAACGAAUAUGAGGAAGGUUAUCACUGGUUGGGGUAAGUUCCUCAAAAACAAGUGAAAUUGCAAAAAAAAGUGUCUGGGCAUUUAGCCAUAUGCAUCCAAAAUAUAGAUUUAGUUUAAAAAAGUGAACUUUUCCUUUAAACAUCCUAGCUCCAUUCUACAAUUUCACUCUUAGACUCUGGAGAGGGGAACUUUUUAUUUUUUCCAACAGAGAACUUUCAGAGGGAUAUUUGAUGGAUCAAUUUGUCACAAUAUUUUCACUGUAUUACUAUUAUUUGUGCCCCUCUGGAUGUAACUGAGUGAGAAUUUGAAUUACUGAGCUCAUCAGCAUUUUUGAAAUGUGGCUAUAUUUCAGGACAUUCCAACAGUUCCAAGUAUUCUAUGAUUGAAUGUACAUUGUGGUUUUCGACCAUUACUUGGUUCUCAGAGACAUUUGCGUUACUUACAAUGGAUCGAACAUUAGCCUACCGUUUUCCUCAGGUUUUAGUGCUUUAGUUUGAAAUGCUGGUAUUGCUGUAACAAAACAGAGAUGUAUUUUUACAUGACACAAUGCGAGUAAAGUCAUUUCAUAUGACUAACCACGUUUCCAUCCACAGUUUUUAUGCGAGUAAAGUCAUACUGUAUAAAAACAAAUCAUGACAGCUUCAAUGGAAACUGGAAGUUUCGGUACAAUUUUAUAAAUGCUGACAGAUAAUUUGUUAGUUCGACAUGGUGGGAUAUUUUAGUGUCGGUAAAAUUAAUUAUGUGAGAAAUGGCGGCGGAAACGCCUUUAUGUUCAAAUGUUGAUAUAAUAAACAUAAAGUUGAAGUAAA